UGGAUAUAUGCUGAGAAAUGCACUUGCCAGAGAUUCUGCUGGCCCUUUUACUCAUAGUCGUGUUCGUGGUGUCCCUGCUCGCCAAUCUACUGGUGCUCAUAUGCUUUUUGUACAGUGCCGAGAUCAGGAAGCAAGUGUCCGGCAUCUUUCUGGUCAAUCUGUCCCUGUGCAACCUCCUCCUAACUAUCCUGAACAUGCCCUCCACUUUCCUGGCCAUGCUAAGUCACCAGCAGCCAUUCGGCGACUGUCUGUGCCAGGCUCUGGGCUUCUUGGAAACUUUUCUGACUUCUAACACCAUGCUCAGCAUGGCAGCUCUCAGCAUAGACAAAUGGAUCGCCGUGGUUUUCCCUUUGAGUUACACCAGCAAGAUGAGGUACAAGGACGCUGUGAUCAUGAUGGGGUACACCUGGCUGCACUCCCUCACCUUCCCCCUGGUUUCCUUGUUCCUCUCUUGGUUGGACUAUAGCAGCAUGUAUGCCUCUUGUACCUUACAUGUGCAGGAAGCUCCGGAGAAAAAACGCUUCAUGGUGUUCACCAUCGUGUUCCAUGCUGCCAGUUUCGUGCUGUCUCUGGUCAUUUUGUGCUUCACCUACUUAAAGGUGCUGAAAGUGGCUCGAUUCCACUGCAAGAGGAUAGACAUUAUCACCAUGCAGACGCUGGUGCUGCUUGUAGACAUACACCCCAGUGUGAAGCAGAGAUGUUUGAGUGAGCAAAAGAGAAGACGGCAACGGGCGACAAAGAAAAUCAGUAUUUUUAUAGGCUCGUUUGUGGUGUGCUUCGCUCCAUAUGUUAUCACGAGGUUGAUAGAGCUUCUUCCAUAUGUAAAAAUAAACAACUACUGGGGUAUGGCAAGCAAGUGCCUUGCAUACAGUAAAGCUGCAGCCGAUCCUUUUGUUUAUUCCCUACUCCGUCAGCAGUACAAGAAGGUCCUGCUCAACAUUGUCAACAGGAUGUUGAAGAGAGAACUGUAUCCUUCAUCUGGCUACAACAGCUCUUUGGACACUGAAAAUGAAUAUUGCUUGCACAGAACAAACUAA